AUGACUGCAGGAGCUUUUGCAUGUUCAUUGGCUAAUUUUCAUUGUCAAGAAGCUGACAGACACAUAAAUUUAUAAUUUAUGCAAAGCAUCAAAAAUUCAUUUUAUCUCUUUACAAUGACUGCAGGAACUCUUGCACGUUCAUUGGCUAAUUUUCAUUGUCAAGAAGCGGACAGACACAUGAAUUUAUAAUUUAUGCGAAGCAUCAACAAGUGAGCGGACAAUUUGCUAAUUGGUUAUGGUAAAAACAGGUUGACAUCAGUUUCUCGUGCAUCUGUCCUGUUAUUGAUAUUGAAUUUUGUCUUAACAUUGUCAAAGUAGCUGUAGGUCCACGAGGCAAUAGCCAAGUGAAUCCGCAAAUUUUCAUGCAUCUGUCCUGUUAUUGACAGUGAAUCUCAUCAUAACAUUGUUAAAGUAGUCUGCAGAUCCACUCAGCUACUUUGAAAAUGUUAUUAUGAAAUACAUGAUUAAUAAGAAGACUGACGCAUGAAAAACUGACGUCAAUUUGUUAAUUGGAGAUACCAGCUAUUAGAUGAAACCCCCAUACAAGGAGGGAGAACCCUCUUUUGUUCAUUUCCUGACAGUUCUAAAAAUCAUUCUAGACCUAUUUUCAUUGUAUUUGCUCAUUCUCUACUUCCUCAUUACCUGAAGGAGUAGACUGUUCGAUUUUUUGAAGGCAAACGUAAGUGGAUUUAGAAAAAAAAAUUUUGUCGAGACUGAUCACGAGAAAAAAUUUGCAAAGAAAUAAAAGCUACUGCAUUGCAUUAAAAAAAUUCGAGCCUCAGUCACUGACGCAAAAAAAUUCUCGUACGUGAAACAACUCACCCACCCACCCAUACCCUCCCCCUUCAGAACUCAAAUGGUCUGUCCUUAGUACCCCUUUUUACCCCAUAAAGUUGUGAAGAUUCAUUGUUCUAAAUUUCACUUGGGACAUCUCCAUGUCGCAUGACAUUGCGAACAAUGAUUAUGCAAAAUUUCGCGCGGCGUAAGCCUCUAGAUAGCAGUCCUUGACCUUUGUUGCACUUUGGAUCAAAAAGCACCAAUCAAAACGCCUGAUUUUCAAACAGAACUAUGAACCCUGUUUCCUCGGUGGUAAGCUAUUUCCAUUUAAUUAACUUCAAAACCCCCGCCCUUUAGUACAAACUUCCAGGUAAGAUAGGAGAAUUUCUGACAGUGCACGUACGUGUUAGGGAUAUGCCGCCAAAGGUGAAAGCUGCCAAAAAGCAUUUGCAAGACCGGUCUGAGAGUGUCUCAGCUAGUCAGACGUCAACAAGUGAUAGUCUCAACAGUCUGCCCUCUAGUCCAUCAUGCAAAGUGAACCAGUUUGCAUCGCUGCCAAAAAACAACACUUCCAUGAUCGCCUAUGUGCGUCAAUUAUCCCCGCAAACAAAAAGAACACAAUGGACUACAGCACCCUGGCUUUGCAGGCUGAAGACAGCACAAAGGAAGCGCUUUGCUUCUCAAAGAACAAGUGACCAUUGCUAAAUGAGAGUCAAACUAGCCGCACAUCAAUUAAGUUGCAGAGGUUCACCUUCACUGAAGACCAAGCAAAACUUGUCAUAAAUGACAUGACCAAUACAAGCCAACCAAGAGGCAGCUCCUGUAAUUUCUGAUCCACUUUCAAAGUUAUUCAAUAUGUCUCUGAAUAGAGGAAAACUACCUCGUGACUGGAAGUGUGCCAACAUUACCCCAGUUUACAAAAAUGGUGGUAAAGAAUAUGUUUCUAACUAUCGUCCGAUUUCUCUAACAUCGCUUGUAGUUAAGACCCUAGAGAAGCUAGUCACAAGACAUACUAUGGCUCAUCUAGAAGAUCAUGGCUUGUUAAGCCCUCAUCAAUAUGGCUUUCGAGCUGGUUUUUCCUGCACAUCCCAACUUAUUCGCCUAUUUCACUCCCGGGCAUCAGCCUUAGAUAAAAACAAAACAUCAGAUAUCGUCUUCCUGGACUUUGAGAAAGCAUUUGACUCAGUCCCACACAAACAUCUCAUCUCUAAGCUUGGCCGAGUGAGUGGCAAACACUAUUUUUGGAGAUACCACAGGAACAAUAACUGUCAACCUGUGGGCAGAAUUCAUUCAAGCAGUCCAGCUAGGAAAAGUGUACCAAAUCGCUCCUCUGCAAGUCAAAACCUGGAAUGGAGUAAAGAAGUUGAGCUUAACCCCAGCUUCUCUUUUCACAGAAGUUUCUCACCAAGUUCAGGUGAACAAAAUCCCCUUCACACAUGGGAUGCCUGAUGGUGAUGAGAGUACAACUACAGUUUUGUCUGGUGUUUCCAUCAACAGUGUACACUCCAUCGAAACUUAUUUCCAUUGUAUAAAAUGUGGUCGACGCAUAGCCCGUGCGACAGGUGCAAAAUUCAUGCAAUGCCAAAGGUGUGGAGCACACAUGAAGAGGGAAAAGUGUCGAAGGCAACUUUGUGCAAGAAUAGUUGUUCAGUCUGGAGACGAACAAGUUCAGCUAACUGCCUUUGAAGAUGUCCUGAAGCAAGUGUUCCCUGAUGUUGAAGCAACUUCCGAAACUGGCUUGGCCAAAAUGAUCCUCGACAUUGAUUCCAUAGGUAUUACUUAUAACAGCCUCUUGAGAAUCAUUCAGAACUUAAGAAAAUGACUUAACCAGUCUUUUUGCUACAUGCUAAGAUACAAAUUUUAGCCAAUGAGUGAAAAUAGGACUUAUUGUUGCCAUUUGAAAAUCAGACACUGUUUUUGUCUGGAAAUUCAAUAUGAUGGCCUCUUCAAAUGAAAUUAUUCUUUCAUGAAUACAUAGCUAAACCGAUAGAAGUCACAAAUGUCUAACGCCUAACCUGAAACUGCGGUUUGUUGUUAACUUGAAAAUCUUGAUGCCAAAUGUCUAUUGCAACUGACUCUGAACUUUGGGGUAGUAAUCCACUGAAUCUCAGUAACAAAGUGGGUUUGCUUUUAUUAAAAUACGAAUAGGAGCCUAGUAGUUAAACUGAAAUGUGAUUAGUAUUAUGUUUUCUAAGUAAUGCUCAGAGUUAUUCAGACCUUAACAUUUCAUGACUUCCAACUUGGCUUCUAGAUUCUCUUUACAAUAGUUCAGAUGAGCAUUGAUAUUUAUACUUGGCAGCAAUACAUGUGGCUUUAAUUUGGUAGACUACAACUCCUUUGAAGGUACUUGUUGGGUUAUGGUUAAUUAAUUACAAUACUUACAUAUAUGAAAAUUACACUCUUAUGAUUGGCUAAAAACAGCUAAGUGCCCCCUUUAUGUAUCACUAGUGCAAAAGUAAUAACUCAAGUACAAAUUUAAACUAGACCCAGCAACGAUAGAUCACACUAGAAACCAAUCAGACUCACAAGAAGGAGGUUGUGCAGAUUGAUACACACAGCAGCUGACCAAAAUAAACAAAAGCUUGGAUAUCUUUAUAUCUAUUGAUAAACACUAAAUCAUUGCUUUCAAGAGUAAGAAUUCACCUGAAGAACAAAUUUUGAUGGCAAUACUGUCAAGUUUAUAUGAUUUUAGUUUGUUGAUUUCCUGUGAAUACGUAUCUCGCAUUUGUACACUACAAAUAAGUUAUAACAUGAUUUCUCAUGUGAUAAGCACUUGUGAAAUACCAAAAUGCACUUAAAUUAAAUUAGCUUAGACUUUGUUGAGUUUUAAUGAAUGCCGUUUAAUGGAACUGACAUUUGUUACCUUAACAAGUGCUUUAACACAAAGUGAUAAAUGAAGUUCAGUUGCUUACCGUGUUUGUUUUAGACCUUUUUGUAGGCCAGAUUAUCAUUUUGCAUGAUGAUAUCAAGUUCACCUUUUCAUUUCAUGUCUCCACAUAGCUUGAAUUUGGUAUACACACUAGCAUGAAAUUACAAUUUCAAUAAUGAGAGAACUUGAAAGAUUCUGGUACUUUACAUCAUAUGAUAUCAUCAUGCACUUGCCUGUAGAUUGAACUCUGUUGUAUUUAAUGUCUCUGAUUAAGUUAUGUUCCUGAAAUCUGUUGCGCCGACACUCCAUCUCCAUUGAACUUUCUGUUCAAAAUCCCCAGGUGAAAUUGUAAGUCUUAUUGGGUUAAACAUUACUAACAACGUUAAUGUAAAGUUACUUCAGAGUACUACUCAACAUAUGAUUCAUUAAAAUAUUGCUUGUGUUCAGAUCUUGUUAUGCACCUAACAUUUUUUCCCAGCUAGAUUCUUCCAUUUGCAACCCCAUAUCCGCCUACCUCAACUAAAUUUUUUCUUUUUUGUUGAAAAUACCGUCCCACCAGCCCAAAUGCAACAUUCAUAGUAAACGUUUUUCUCUCAAGCAAUAGAAACUAGAACUUUGUGCCCUAAUGGCCAAUAAAAACCUAUGCUCAGCAUUGUGUUAUUUUACAUGUAUGUAAUGUCCAAAAUUAGUCAUCAUUCAAACCUAAUCAAGCUCCCAAUGGCUUCUAGUGUACUUACAUCAUUUCCUGAAUCUCCCGGCCCUUUUGCAAAGUUUUGUCCUUGUGAACUGGUAAGUAAAAUGCUCUUCAUAUAUUCAUAUGAAAUGCUUCCCUAUAGUUCAUAUCACAUCGCUUGCCUUGGAAAAGACAAUCAGCCUUCAAACCUCAGAACUCAAUUCCACUUCGUUAGGUGAACGAAAUCAUGAUUGAAUCUAUCAGGCCACUAAGAGAGAUGAUGCUGAUGUUUUUUAGAUCCUAAAAUCCUCGGGUUACAUGUGCAACCUUUAUUGUCAAAAUAAGACCUCCAUAACAAAGUUUGCCUAAUAACCCUCAUCUGGAAAGAAAACAUUUCAGGACAAUUGUAUGCUAGUUAUCUUGUUUAUUGAUGAGCAGGAACAAUAUUCAAAACUAUCUGACUGUAAUUAGAUAUUACCUUCUCUAAUAGAAACACAAUAAGACACCACACUCUAAAAAGCAGCUCAAUUUCGUAAGCCACACAUGUACGCAUUGCGGACCUAUUUUUAUUCCAUCCUAUCUCAUCACGACAGAAGGAUUGAAUUUAACAAUUGCAGUCAAGAUGAAAAAUAUGUUUUGGGGACAGAUCAUGAACAAGUUUUCCCGUUUUUGAACAAAUUCAUGGUUUCGGAUCUUUUAACUGAUAAUAUUUUGCAACAGCAUGUAUAACAGCAAAGACUGUAUACUAUAAUUUUCAUUAUUGUAUUAUCAGGGAAGAACUGAAGAACAUUUUAGAGACCAGAGCAAUCAAUAGAGCACUAAUUUUUGAGCACCCUGAACAUAAGUUCAAUGUACUACAAAGAUAAUGGCAACUCAGCUCUAAGCAUUUGCAAACAAGACAACACAAAACAGUUUCUCUCGCAAGAGAAGACUGGUAUUUAAUUCACUGUGAUUCAUUUGUGUUUGAUAUGAAAACCCAGUAAAAGGGUAAAAGAAUGGGUAAAAAUUUUUCACCCUGAGCUUUCAUUGGUGUUUCAUAUAAAAUUAUCAAAGCUGCAAGUGUGGAACUUGUCAACCAAUGCCAACAACAUGUGAAAGUGCUUGUAGUACCAAUAUCGGGCAAAUGUGGCAAAAAGUGGAGGAAAGGCCUGAAACCAACAUGAGUUGUAUCACUGAACACCCAAUUCAGAUCGUAAUUAUGUAUGUCUUACAGCACUAGCAGUUGUGCCUGUUCUUCUGUCAUUUAUGUAAUGAUUUCCUUCAUUACCCAAGCAUUUUCAUCGAUAAACAGGUUAUUACAAGUACGUGUAGAUUUGCGAGUAUGCCUGCAUAACUAUCGAACCUGUUUGUGUUUCCUUUGAUUGGAAAUACCAAAAGAUAGUUCUAUUUUGUCACCACUGCUGCAGGGUUCGCAUGGGAUUGGACACACCUAUGCUAUGUAGUGGUAUAAGAGCGGACGUGUGAGCAAUAUGUGCAACUCGGUCCAUCAAAUAUCUGCUGAGAUAAACAUACUAAGGAGUUUUAUGUUGAACAUCGAUGGCUAUGAAACAACUUAAACAAGAAAACGAAGCCUAAAAGAAGCAAGUUGAAGAGAUUACAAAAGAGUUCUCUACUUUGAGAGAAGGAAUCAAGAUGGCCGAUAGUGAGUUAACACAUUAAAAGUCUCAAAGAUCAUCUGAAAAAACCAUUCAAGCAGACUCAAAAGAUCUGCAAUUUUACAGCAAUAGUAAUGAUGAGCUGCGUAAGUUUGACAAGGAUGCAUCUGACAAACCGAACAUAAUUGAAAAGUUGCUAACUAUCGAAGGUAGAGUGGAUGAAUUAGCCAUUGAAACUGAUGGGUCAGAAGCUUACAGCUAUCAGUAG